AUGGGUGAAACCGAAGAAUUCAAUACUUUAGCAUUCGAAAAGAAGCUCACACAGCUGAAGGAUACACAGGAGAGUAUCCAGUCUCUGUCUAGCUGGUGUCUGAAACAGAGAAGUCACCAUAAAAAGAUAGUUUCCAGUUGGUUGAAUGUGUUGAAGAGAGUGAAGGUGGAACAGCGACUUGUGUUGUUUUAUUUAGCUAACGAUGUUAUUCAAUAUAGCAAAAGGAAAAAUUAUGAGUUCGUUGAAAGCUGGGGUCUUAAUUUGCAAAAAGCUACACCACUAGUCAGAGAUGAGAAAGUCAGGCCGAAGAUAUUGAGGAUAUUCAAAAUCUGGGAACAAAGAUCAGUUUACGAUGAUGAGUUCUUAUCAGAUCUCACGGGUCUAUUAAGUGCCGGGGCUGUUAAAAAGACUGAUGAUGAUCCAUUGGAUUUUCAACCUCAACAAUUAGUCAACAAGAUAAAACAGUGUACUGUAUUAGAAGCGGACACUCAGGUGAAAUUGAAAUGUAUAUUUAAUAAUCCAUUAGAAUUGUCAGAUGCGGAUGUAUUAUGUUCAAAUUUAAAAGAGAGAAGUACUAAGGAUGAUGUAGAAAAGGAACUAAAUGAAGGCAUACAAUGUGUUGAACGAUAUACACAAGCAUUACAGAGGGAAAUAGUUGCUCGAGAGGCAUUACUAGCUUUGUUGAGUUCAGCCAACCAAUACUACUCAACGCAGAGGGGAGAAGUAAAAGUUGUGGCAUAUGCAUACAAAAACUUCGGUUCCCGCGUCCGCGCUCUCAAACGCAAGUUAGAUGAAUUAUUACCAACACUACCGAGUGCACCAUCACCACCUACUAGAGAUGAAGAUGUACCUUCACCGGGACCUGAUGAGGAUUUGGAACUACCCACCAACGAUGCUGAAGUAUCAUACAACAUUGAUCAAACCUUCAAUACAUCAGUAUCGGCCGAUGGGUCCUUGUAUAACCUGGGAUUAUCAUCGUUCCUCAAUGACAGUUCCAUGGCUAUAUUCAAUGAAAGCCAAGUGGAUUUAAAUAUUGUUAAUAGCAGCAUUAACAGCAGCAUACAGCCAGCUACACUUCCAGGAUUGGACCUACUUAAGGAAUCCAACCCUCCACCACCAACGUCGUUCUAUGGGACCAUGGAAACUAUCACAAUUCCCGAUGAACCUGAACAGCCAUAUUUACCAGAAGCUGUGGUCACAAACAGUCAAUGGGGAAAUAAUACUUGGAAUGUACCACUUCCGGCGGCAAGAAACGUAUUCGCGGAGCCCCCCGCUUCACCGCCCGUGCCUAUACGAACAGACAAACAGGUAAUAUCUCAGGAUAUAUCCGCGUCUGAACGUGAGCUUCGCAGUCGCCUGCCACCACCGCCGCCGCCUCCUGUACUGCCAGGUCUUACACAUAUAGAGGAUGUAGAUCACAGGUUGUUGCCAAGUCUACCUCCGACGCCUGUACCUCCCCCCAUACGUCAUUCACAUCAAGAUGUGGAUCAUAGGAAUUUAAUAUCGUUGACACAACUACCUCCCAGACAUGUUAAUGUUGAUCAAGACUACCGCGUGCCUCCACUGUCUCAGCCGCUGGGUGCGCCUCUCUUACCGCCCCCUCCUUCAGACAUAGUCGAGAGUGUUGAUAUGGACUUAUCAGAAGACGAAGAGCAAGGUAUGUACCAGAAUCAAAAUCAGGGCGAUCACAGACACAACAGUUUCAACAACAACAAAGUGCUUGUCGGCGGUGAGAAGAAGGACAACAGUAAUCUCAUACAAAUAAACGCUAAUAUAGACAACGAGGCCCCCCACCCAGUGGCCCCCAUGAGCAAUCCCUUCGACAAUAUGCCCCCCGCACUACGAUAUAACUUCAAUACAAACUACCAAAAGAACCCAGAUAACACUGAAUAUAACGAAGAUAUGAGAAAUCGUAAUAUCGAUAGAAGAAAUCAAUCACCGGAGUACGAAGAUUAUAAAACCAACGAUUUCCAAGCCCCCCGGCCUUAUAUGAACCGCUUCCCAAGAAAUUGGGGGCCUCGCAAUAACUUCAGGGCCCCCUAUAAUCAGUUCAAUCAACGCAACGGCCCCCGACAAAGAUGGGGAGGGCCCAGGCAAAGGUUUUGGUGA